GCCUGAGCGGCUGGCGGGGCUGGUGGUGGAACUGGCUAGGAUGCGGAGCUGCGGCUUAACUGUGCGCAGUGUUCAAAGUCGUCCUCUGCACACGUCAUCCCACGUGACCUUACGCCAUCUUUCUUCCUGGCGGUGGCGUCCCAUUCCACUGCGCAGACGCGGAAGCUUCGAUAGCUGGCGCCCGAAGUUGAUUAAGGACUUCUCCGCCGGUGGCACCCCUUCCCAGGUCUGGGCUCGGCAUGGCCGCCCUGCUUGCACGGAGUGUGGUGGCUUCGGUGGUGGACCCGUUCCUGCGCCUGAGUCGCCUCGCGGUGAAGCCCCGAGCCUUCUCCUCGUUCCUGCUGGGGACGUUGCCAAGCGCCAAAUCCUGCGCAGAGGUGCGCUCAGUUCUCUGUGGCCGUCCCUUGCCGACUCUGCUCCCCUCGCUGGGCUUCAAAACCAAGGGUGUCAUCAAGAAGCGCUGUAAAGACUGCUACAAGGUGAAGAGGCGUGGGCGCUGGUUUAUCCUCUGUAAGACCAGCCCCAAGCAUAAACAGCGACAAAUGUAGCCCUUGUCUUCAAGCAGUGUCCAUGGAAAAUUCAUUUCACCUUAUCAGAGAAAAAUAAACGUUAAGCAUUCUGUAAGAUCCAUGGGCCUUAGGGCUUUGUUGAGCCCCUUUUCCCCCACAUCGUAGCCCAAUUCCUUCACAUCUAAUCAGACCAGAGCUGCCGAUGGAGAAGGAUCCUUACAGUAGCUGUGUAUGAAGCAGGAAUACAGAGCCAGCUUUAUCUCUUGAGACAAAGUCUGGCUCGGUAACCCUGGUUGACCUGAAACUUGGAGAGAAACUCCUGCCUCUGCCUCUCUGCCAUUUGUUACCAUAUGCAGCAGAUUGUAAGUGCUUUAAGAGGCUGCCUGAGCCAAAAGGCUCUUGUGGGGUGUGCAACGAUCCCAAUUUAAGAAUAAACGAUGUUCUUGUGUAGCAACUAUCCCAGUCUUUACUCAAGGAAAACCUUGUUUACAUAGAAAUGUCUUUUGGAUACCAAUUAAAAAUAUUUGUCCUGACUGUUCUUACA